AUGCCGGAAGCUGACGCUGUGCGAGAGCUCUUCAGAUCGCUGGCAAGCAGCACAGCCGGUGACAGUCCCAGGGAGCGUCAGAGCCGCGCCGUUCUGCUGCGAAAGAUGCUCGAGCGAGGCGUCUCUCCCGACGCCCGGGACCCUGACGACAAAGACCAGCCGACGCUGCUGAUAUCAGCUUGCUACUAUGCGGACCUGCCAUUGAGUGCUGCGGCGGGAGAGGUUGUCGCUAUCCUGCUACAACUUGGAGCCCGCCUACCAGCCGAGCUGCCGCCUGGCGCCGCCGAUCGGGGUUGGGGUGCGCAGUGGACGGCUAUGCACAAAAGCGUCUCGGAGGUGGCGUUUGCCGAUGGCCCGGACCUCGACAAGCCAUGGAUGGAGCACAUCUUGGGUGGGUCAGCACAAGAGCGGGUGGUGGAGUUCCUGCAGCAGCACGAGCGGCAGGCUCGGCGGGAGGCGGCGGGAGCAGAGAGCCCCGCCGGCCGUCCCAGCGCCUCGAGCAGCGCCGUCGCCGUGAUUCUGGCGCUGCUGCUCGUGGCGGAGGCAGAGGGGGCAGCGGCCGGCGGAGAGAGCAUUCCGGGAGCGGGCUAG